CUGGGAGGAGGUGGAGGCUUCUUCAGGGCCAAGCAGGGUUUCUGCUGCGGUCUGCGAUGCUGGCAACUGGCCCUAGUACUGUUCGUUGAGGGGACCUGAGACUGACCCUCCUGCUCAAAGUCAGGAAAGGCUGGGCUAGUUAACUCUUGGUAUGGCUGGCAAGACCACAGCAGGAUGGGUGUGGCCUGGGGGCACAGGAGCCUAGCACCCAGGAGGCCCAUUGUGCUGAGCCAGACCAUCCGGGUUUCUGUGAUAAAUCCUGGACCAGAUGGCCAUGCUGCGCGCACACACCUGGCCCAGGGAUGCCUUCAACAUCAUAGAGCCUUCACCCAGGUUGAUUUGCCAGCCCUACACAGGUGCUGCCUUGCUACCACCAUGCCGGAAGUCGAGAGGAAAUCCAAGAUCACUGCCUCCCGCAAACUCAUGCUGAAGAGCCUGAUGCUAGCCAAGGCCAAGGAGUGCUGGGAGCAGGAACACGAGGAGCGAGAGGCUGAGAAGGUGCGCUAUCUAGCGGAGCGCAUCCCCACGCUGCAGACCCGCGGCCUGUCCCUCAGCGCCCUGCAGGACUUGUGCCGAGAGCUACAUGCCAAGGUGGAGGUGGUGGAUGAGGAGCGAUAUGAUAUUGAGGCCAAAUGCCUGCACAACACGAGGGAGAUUAAGGACCUGAAGCUGAAGGUGUUGGACCUCCGUGGGAAGUUCAAGCGUCCACCCCUGCGCCGGGUCCGUGUCUCAGCUGACGCCAUGCUCCGAGCCCUACUGGGCUCCAAGCACAAGGUAUCCAUGGACCUACGAGCCAACCUCAAGUCUGUGAAGAAAGAAGACACAGAGAAGGAGCGGCCCGUGGAGGUGGGAGAUUGGAGGAAGAAUGUGGAGGCCAUGUCUGGCAUGGAAGGCCGCAAGAAGAUGUUCGAUGCUGCCAAGUCCCCAACCUCACAGUAGAGAUUGGCUUGCUGUAUGGCACUCCGGGGUCAUACUCCAGCCCCACUCACCCAUCUUUCUGCCAGCGCCUGGAACAUCCCUGCUAUGCCCUUCCUCCCUCCAGCCUGUAUGGCCAACUUUGGCGUCAGGAUGAAAUGGCACAGAAAGGAGAAGAGAGAUGCGAGUGUCUGAGACUUCAUCCCAGCAGCACACACGAGGUGUGCUGGGGUACCACACCGAGGGGCCAUAGGCUGAGGAGGGAGGCAGAGAGAGCACCUGCCCUACAGCCCCCCAUAUUGCUACCCUCUGUUUCGGUUGCUACCUGCAGUGUCCACAGGCAUCACAACUCUCCAGUAAAACUCUAUGUUCCUGAUGGU